AUUGUCCAAUUCAACAGAAUUACUGACAACCAGAACCAUUCUGCACCCAUCUCAUUUGCAAUCUCACAAUGGCAAUCCAAAGCACAAUUGGUUUGGCCCUCCUGGGUCUGUCCGCCUCAGCCGUGGCGCAGACUGUCGAUGGCUCCAAGUAUAAUUCGCCCACCGGUGGCCCUCCUUCUAGCUACUUUGCAGCAGCCUCAUCCAUUCCUGUUUCUGCCAUUCAGUCGGCUGCCGCUAAGGCAAGUGGUGUGCCGUCGCUGGCCACUUACCCAGUGAACACUGACAAGAACUCCCCUAAAUCGACCAUCCAUAAUGAUUGGGUCAAAUUCAGCGAUGGAGCGGCUCUUAGCUGGGUAGCUGACAUGGAUGUGGACUGUGACGGGAUUGACUACAAGUGCUCGGGCAACGGGGAUGGGCAGGCGCAGACCAACUGGGGCGCACUCGCAGCCUACGAAGUCCCCUUCAUUGUCAUCCCCGACAAGUUUCUGACCGCCAACACCGACCUCCUUCCUGGGAACAACGUUGCUGCUGUGAUCUGCAACGGCAAGAUGUACUACGGCAUCUUGGGGGAUUCCAACGGCGAUGACCCCGAAGUCACCGGAGAAGCCUCCUGGCUCAUGGCUCGGACCUGCUUUCCUGACGAAGGCUUGAACGGUGAUAAGGGCCACACAGCUGCCGAUGUGACCUAUAUCGUCUUCACCGGCAAGGACGCCGUCCUCCCCAGCAGCACCUUGGGUAAAAAUUACAUCACCAACUUCACGACCCUCCGAUCCAUGGGCGAUAAGCUGAUGGGCGCAUUGGCCUCCAAACUGGGGUUGGCCGGUGCCGCUCCCAGUGAGGGGCCGACUUCCUCGGCGGUGGCGACAACCCUUACGAAGACUGCCUCCGCGACGACCAGCGCUGCGAGGCCGACAGAAACGGACGAGGACGAGUGUUCUUGGUCGGGUCACUGUGAAGGUGCCACUUGCUCCUCUGAUGAUGAUUGUUCUGAUGACUUGGUGUGUGAUAGUGGGAGCUGCAGCACUGAGUAGAGGGGGUGAUGUAGUUCCAGGGGGUUAAGGAAGACCUGACCACAGCAUAUGUACGAUGUAGCUCGCGGAGAAUUCCACUGGAGU